UAGCCGGCGGCAGGUAGCCGUUGUUGGUUCCGCCAUAAUAAGACUCCGGAAGGAGGGAGGGAGGGAGGAGGCGACGGAGGCUGCGUGGGGCCGCUCUCGCUCUCUCUCUCUCUCUCUGUGCGUCUGGAGCCUUUGCGGGAGAGCGGAAGGACGCAGCACAGCCGGCGUCUCCCGGAGCAGCCUCCAUGGGGCGCCUGCCUCCGCCGCUGCCGCCGCCCUCCUGGGGCUGAAGGAGGGGCUGCCCUGGAGCCUCCCUCCCGCUUCCGCAGGAAUAAAGCCGACGCCGCCUUCGCCUUUAGCGGGGAAGGACCCGCCAGAGGAGCAGGCCCCGGCCGGGACAUUGGAGCCCCUCCUGAGAGAGCCAGCUUCGGGAUACGGACCCCCUCCUGCUCCUGCUCCUGCUCCUGCUGGCCCUUUGCUCUUACUAAGAAUGAAUAACUACUAAGUCCCGCGUCGGCGCCUGUUUGGCUCCCAGUGUUGUUGGACCCGGGAAGCUUGCCCUUGCCCUUGGCCCUUCCUUCCUGCGAGGAUGAGGGAGGCCGCGGAGCCCCCUUCGCCUCUCCGCGGGGCCACCGCCACCCGGCUCUGACGCGGGCCUAGACGGGAAGCAUGCCCGCGGGAGGCGCUGGCCUUUGACCGGCAGGGGAUUUGUGCUUCGGAGACGCUUGCUGUUCCUCCGCCCGAGUCCGAAGGAUGGCCCCCCGGUGGGCCCUGCUGCCCUCCUCGGCGCCCGUCCUGGUGGCCCUCCACUGCUACGCCCUCCUGGCCGCCAGCAGCCCCGACAGCGCCAGCCAGGCCUACUACACGGCCCUCCUCAACGUCACCGCCCUCGGCCCCGACCGCGCCGCCUUCCUUAUCCGCGGGCGCUACGGCCAGGACUCCCCCAAGAAGGCCGUCACGGGCCUCCUCCUGGCCCCGCUCCCCAUCAACGGCGUUGUAGAUCGUUUAGGCUGUGAUCCACGAACACGGUUUCAAAUUCCCCCAAACACCAAACAGUGGAUUGCUCUUCUGCAGCGAGGAAAUUGCACCUUUAGACAAAAAAUAAUGCGAGCAGCUUUACAAAAUGCUUCAGCUGUGGUAAUUUACAACAAUGUAUCUGGAGAGGAGCCUGUCACUAUGACUCAUCAAGGAACUGGAGACAUAGUUACUGUCAUGAUCACAGAACUGAAGGUUAAGGAGAUCCUGAAUUAUUUAGAAAAAAAUAUGUCUGUCCUAAUUGCAAUAGCAGUUGGAACUCGCUAUCAAAACAAAACCUUUAGUCGUAGCUCUCUUGUCUUCGUAUCAAUAUCAUUUAUAGUUUUGAUGAUCAUUUCUUCAGCAUGGCUAAUAUUUUACUUCAUCCAGAAGAUUAGAUAUACAAGUGCCCGUGAUCGAAACCAGCGUCGUCUUGGAGAUGCUGCCAAGAAAGCCGUUGGUAAACUGACAACAAGGACUGUAAAGAAAGGUGAUAAGGAAACAGAUCCUGAUUUCGAUCAUUGUGCUGUUUGUAUUGAAAGCUACAAGCAGAAUGAUGUUGUCCGCAUUUUGCCGUGCAAGCAUGUUUUUCACAAAACCUGUGUAGAUCCAUGGCUCAGUGAACAUUGCACCUGUCCUAUGUGUAAAUUGAACAUUUUGAAGGCUCUGGGAAUUGUGACAAAUGUGCCAUGUGCUGACAAUAUGGCCUUUGAUAUGGAAAGGCUUACCAGAGGCCAGCUAGGCAACAGAAGAUCAGUACUUGGUGACCUUAGUAGUGACACUUCCCUCACUCUUGAGCCCCUCCGUACCUCUGGAAUAUCACAAUUUCCACAAGAUGGGGAGCUGACGCCAAGGACAGGAGAGAUAAAUAUUGCUGUGACUAGUGGCCAUUUUUUUCACCGUAAUUCUCUCUCUCCUCGGAGCCUGGUCUAUGAGAAUGACUUCUCUUCCAUUGAGCCUGUCUUGGACAUGUAUGAUGAGAACAAGACCUGAAGAGGAUCUGCAUUCUUCUUGCUUUGCUCUCUUUCCCUUUUUCCUUUUCCGUUUCUCAUUCCUAUUGUUGUGUACUCCUUCCAUGGGUGUCCUUUGUCUGAAGAAGAGCUGCCUUUUCCAGAACAUGUGCCUGGCUGCCAGGCUGCAAAGGUGAAGCUCAGCUGAGGCAAUAUCUGAGGAUGACAUCUGUGAACGGAUGAAGCGUGUGCACAAAAGUCGGCUGUUGGAGGUUGCCGAAUGGCAGAAUUGUCAUUAGCAGUGCCAGCGUGAUGGUGUCAGUAUGCUAGAGGUUUACCCUACUCAGUUUUAAUUUUGUACAACGGUCACCUCUCUUGAGUAGGCACAUGGUAUUUCUCUUUUUUAAUAAAAAUUGCAGUGUUUGCCAGCUUAGUUGCCUGAAGGAGGAGGUAGUCUGACUGCCCAAAGCUCUCCAGUUACUCUUUGUUCUGUCUUUACUCUUACACUGAACAUCCCCAUUCUAAAGGGAUCUUUGAGAAAUGUAUUAACGUUCCACCUUUACUGUUUAACAGGCUGAUGGCAGAACAAGUCAACAUUACAGCCUGCAACAUCCUUACAAGAUUCUGGGGAACUUCUGUGUUUCGUUGCUGAGCCUAACUGAGGACAAAACCUGCUUAGAAAGAAUGCAAAAAAAAAGACAAAAAACAGAGCCAUUUUUCCAGCCUUCUCCAGAAGGAAUCUUUAACUUUAGAAUAUGCUGCUGAAAUUUAUAUACCCAGUAUUUCACCUUUAGAUGAUUUAAGACAUCUUAAGAAGAAUCCAGGAAUCAAAAAAUAAUAGGUUAUUGCUUGUUUUUAAAAAAUGUGUUGUUUUUUCACUCUGAUUUUUAAGAAGCCAAGUUAUGUUGGUGUUAUAUGCUGAAAAAAUUGGAAACCUUUGUUCCUACGUGUUUUUAUUGAAAUAACUUAAUUACGAAGCAACAAACAUUUUUCUGAAGUUGCACCUGUUCUAUUGGAUAUGGAUAUUAUGAAUGCAUCAAGGAGGUAAAGCAACAGCUGCUUUGACAUCCAAGUGAAUCCCUUUUUACUGCAGUGGGACAUAAGCAGUAGAAAAUAAACUUUCUGAUGCAAAAACGGAAAGCUAAAAGAGUAAAGACUUAUGUUUUUUAAAACUGUCAACAGUGUUGCUUAAGCAAAAAAAAUAAUAAUGAUAAUCUUCAGAUCUGGACUGUAGAAUUGUUUAUCUGAAGUAGAUGUUCCUACUAAGAAUGCUACCAUGAAACAUUACUAACUGACAAAUGUCAUUUUUCCCCCAUUGCAAAUCUGAGCUCUGUAGAGAUAGAAAUGGUAGUAUGAACACAAGCUAAAUUCUCUGUCCAUCUUGAUUCCUGAAGAACUUGAAUGUCAAAAGAAAAGGUAAGGAAUGCUGUGUGGCUGCAUCCAGACAGCUUAAGCUAUAAGCAGGCAGAUGGAAAGCAUCUUGGUUUUUCAUAAGAAACUAGUAAUUUACAGAAACUGGAAUAUUGUUUCCUACAGAAACAAGAUCUCUUUUGCCCUGGAAUGUAGUGAAACUUUGAUGCAAAGACUUUAAACUAGCUCCAUGAAGCUAAGGGGGGGGGGGGGUAGGAGAUGUCAGUAAGAUUGCUUGGUCUGUGUUGCUCUGAUGGCCAUAUUGUGUCUGUUCAUUCUUGAUGGGAUGGUACAGAGCUGAGGGGGUGACCACUGGCAACAGUUUGUUUCUUAUUUGGGCCAGGUAAGUUUUAAUAUUAACCACUAACCAUGAGAAAUUCUAAUCAAAAUAUUUUUAAAGCACAGUCUUGACGUGUUAUGAAUUAAAUUUAGAGGUCUGAGGAAGAAGAUUAGUAAUACAUAUACAAGAUUACAGUGAUAUUACUUGAAUGGACCACAUACACAAAUCCAGCACUCAUUUUUCGUUGUGCAGACUGCCAAUAUCAUAUAUGUACAAUUGUUGAAUGGAAGGUGGUGUCAUGUUAUGCAAAAUGCACUCUCAUGGAAAAAUUAUUAGUGGAACUUAGGUGAGAAAAAAACUAAAUCAGGUUCAGACUUCUUCCCUUCACCCUUAUUAUCAAUAUAUUUGCAAUUAUCCCUUAAGUAAUACAUCACACCUUUGGUAAAUAGAAUUCUUUAAAAAAUUAACUAGUUACAGUUAAUUUAAAAAAUUCUAAAGUGCUCAUUGCAUUAGACUUUAUGAAUUUCAAUAGUAGGAUUUUGAAUAUUAUUUAACUUGGGAGAGCUGGGUGACAGUGGGAUGAAAUGGGUAGUCCACAGGAUCAAAGAAUAUUCAUUGGAUAGAACUUGAGAAAAUAUUAACUGGAAGUAAAAUGCACUUCUCAUGUGAAAAUGCAAAGAUGACCCAAUCCAGAAGGGGAACAAGUACUUCUCAAAUUCUGUUUGAAAUCAACCAUUGGUAGGACUUAAUUGUACCUAACUUCUUUUGCAUUUGAACUUAGCUCUAUAAACUUUAGAGAGUAGCAAUUCAUGUGAAAGAUGUUUAGUGAGUGAAUUGUAAUAUAGACAUUUUCCAACAAACCUCAGACCACUGUUCUUACAAAAUCUGUACAGUUUUCAGCAAGCCCACAUCUUAAUUUUUCAAACUGGAAUCACUUUCUAGAAUUAAAUAGGGCAAUUCCUAGUUUUUAGCCAUUUUAGAUCAGGAUUAUUGUUUGCUAGGAAAAAAACUUUUUCUCUCUCUAAAUCAGCCAGAGGUCUGAAAUCUGUUGGUGCUGACAUUGAGUGAACCCAUUGGUUCUUCUGUACCAUGUGAAGUCAUCCAGAUAUUGUUGGAUUUCAAGUCCCAGCAAUCCCUAGGCAACACAGUGAAUAGUAAGGAAUGCUGAGAGUUGUUGUCUAGCAUUUGGAGGGCCAACCACUGCUCUAUUGCCAUAUUGUUGUUCUGUAUUUUAUUAUCACAUGCAAAGGGAUCUUUCCCAGCUUUGGUAUCUCGGGUAUCAGAGAUCUUUUUAAUUUAAGCUGCUGUGGACUGAAUUUGGGAUUUUCUGCAUGCAAAGUUUUUGGUUUACUGCUGAGGUAAGGAAUGACAAUUCAGUUGCAGAGGGUUGUAGCCAUUUCCCCAUCACCAGUAUUUUCAUUUGGUGUUUGAAGCAUUGGCGGUAGUGUCUUAAAUUAUAAUGGAAGCACUUAAUAUAAGACAUAGAAACAGUUAAUGAUUGCAGUUAAUCACAAACCCAUCUUCCUCAGUCUCAAGAGUUUUGCAGUACUAGACUCAGUAGUACAAUUGGCUAUAUAAUUGUAUAAACCUAGACCAGCCUGGUGUCCUCCUGACAUUCUGGACUAUAUCUCCAUCAUUUCUAACCAUUGUUAAUGUUGCUCUGAUUGAUGGGAAAUGUAGUUCAAAUUAUCUGGAGGGCCCUAAGUUGGGGAAGGCUUAAAUAGAACAUUCUGUUCUAUUAUAACAAUGUAAGCACUAAAAGUCCCUUCAGCUUAGUUCUGUGUACUUAAAUUUUGCUUUAGUCUAAGGUAUACAUUUUAGUGCUAUUUUGAAAUGUAAAAAAAAAAACCUUUAGUAUCUACCUCAAAUAAUUUUGAGGAUAGGGUUCAGCACCAGAGACAGCUACUUUAAAGUACAGACAAGCCCCAGGAUGGAUUCAGUACUACAGUGACAAAGACACCAUUGGGCACCACUGUUACUGAAAAGAAAUAUCCUUGGGAGAAGGGUUUUGAUUCUUAUACCUACAUUAUGCCCAUCUUGAUAUCAUUAAGUGGUUUUCUUUCUUCUGUAUCUCAUCCAUAUUCCCAGGUUUUACAUUUUGCUGUAAAUAUUCUAGGGAGAACAUGUUUCAGUAAUUAGCAGUUGAUAUGUACCAUUACCCUGUGAGAACAAAUAGUGGUAGCUUAUAUUUAGAGGCAAAUCCUAAUUUGUACCAUGAGAGUAUCAUUCAUUCAUUUCUUCUAUCUGCAAUAGCUUUUUCAGUAUCCAGAUAUCUGAAAACAAGUUGGCCUAGGUUGAGAGUGCACACUAAUUUGUUCUCAGAAUUGGAAUGGAUGGACUUAUCUGUCUGUAGGUGACACAAAAUGGUCACUGGUUAUGUCUAACUAUCUCAGUAUUCUAAAACAAAAGAAUUAGAAAGAAAACGGUUGAAAAGCUAAAGAUUUAAAACUCUAAUCUUCUUUGUUUGCUACCUUUCAAGCAGAAAAAAAUGCUUAGGUUUUUUAAAGUAGGCUUAAACAACAUGAGAUGACUAUUCAGUUUGCAUGCUUAAAACAUACAGCAAACAUUUAUAGCAAAUUGGCUAGUUUCUUAACUGUGGCCAGAGUCUUGAGAAGUGUCCUUGUCCAUGUAUCUUAUCUUAUAGACAGCAUUGCAUAAACUUGGUAUUUUCAACAAGUUAGUCCUGGCCAACAACAGGGACUGUCCAGACCUACAGUUUUGAGGACAGUAAGCAUUUUAUGGUACCUGGACAUGGUCACCUUUUUGUAGGCAGUACAUGCCUUCAUGUCUGUUUCUGUUUGUGGUGAUAUUCUGUUCCAAAAGAUGUUAAGUUCAUUUGAAAGAUCGGUUAAAUGCAUGCCCCCAUGCCAAAUGUUAUCUCAGCAUAUGUACAUAAUAAUUAAUUGGACUCUUUCAAAGAAUAUUGUAGCAGACAUAAUAUUUAAGAAUUAUAAUGCUUUAGUAUAAAAUUCCCCAAAUAUUGCAUAUUUCCAGCACUACAAAUAUAGAGAGCAGGGUUGGACUGUAAUAUCCGUCAGCCCCUGUUAACAUAGCCAGUAGUGGGAUAUAAUGGAAAUUGCAGUCAUGCAACCACUGGAGGGCCACAUGUUCCCCAGUCCUGCUGCAGAUGUGGCUCAGUUCAUUGAAACUAUGCCCCUUCUUUUCUCAUCAUUAUUACAGGAUUUAGUGUCACACCUGUAGGGAACUCUGAAGGUAGACUUUAUGGGGACUUUAUGGCAAGACACACUGUUUCACACACUUAACCACAUUACAGGGUGCAUGUUGGAGGAGCAAACUCUUAGUCUUCCUCCUUAACCCAGCUCAGACACACUGUGUGCAACAGACACCAUGCAGGGACUCAGAUCCACAACCUGGUCCUGGAAUCAUUUUUUACAGUCUCUUCAUAAAUAAUUUUUUCCCUUGGUAUGUACCAUGGAGAAGGAAGGAAUAUGACUUUUCUGCACCAGUUAAUUAAGCAUAGCAUUAGUUUGGUAAAUGUAUGAAUGAGAUUUAGGGUUCUGUUGGCCUGUUCUAAAAUGUCAAGGGUAGGCUUAUAGGAAGAAAAACAGUUUUAGGUGUGAUCUUCUAAGAGAGGACAGGGACCCGUGCACUUAAGUCUAAACAGCCCUAAGAGAAUGCGAUAAAUAUGUAACAAUGAAAAAAUGUGAGUAGUGUGAAAAGGAAUAGAAACUAUACACAAAAUGCAGGGUGGAGUGAUUGCUUACUUUCUGCUUUGCUGCAGUUGUCUUUGUGUCUUUCCUAAGCACACACAAGAUUGCAGAGGAAUAGUUUAAUUCAGACCAUUAAGUGCUAUGCUUUAUUAAUAUUGAAAUAAUUUAUUUGUAGGAGGCCCUCCACAAAGAGCUCCUGAUAGUGGUUAGUUUGAAAGUCAGAAGCAUCCAUCUCGUUCUGUGCAGAAGUAGCCAGUUGUCCCAAAGGAGUGGGGAAAGAACUGAAGGAGGAAAGUAAAUUUGGUCAAACAUUUUGUUUACAUAGGAUGUAGGAGUCUUAAGCAGAGAGGAGCUGCAAACAUGGUCAUAGCUACACAAACGAAAAAUUUUACACCAUUUCUGCCAUCAGGCUUUCCCCUAAAGAAUCCUCACAUUUCUGUUUACAAACAAAAUUCAUGCUAGCACUAAAUCAGGUGCCCUCCUCUCCCCAAAUGUUUUCUUUGUACCAAAAAAAGAAGACUGUUGAGUCUGUCUUUCCUAAACUAAACAUAAUCAUUGGCUAAUUCAGAUGGUUUCAGGUGAAGAGUUAAUAUCUGAGGAGAAAUAUUUGAGGAAUAGUCAAAAUAUUUGAGGAGAGUGAAAGUAAGUUUCAUCCCAUUUUAAAUGAUGCAGUAUUUUUCUCAGUCCAUGGACCUCUCUCAAUUAUUACCUGUUCUUCCAUCCACAGAAAAAUUAUAUCUAUUAUUUUAUUGGUUAUGAUGCAGUAAUGAUUCUUUCAGCUGAUAAUGCCUUUUGCAUUAUACCGUUUUAGAGCUGGGUGAUCUUAAGGCAUCUAGGCCAUCAAUUUACCCCUAAGGACUUGAAGACACAUAAACACACAAGGACUAGACCUCUGGAGACCAGGAUUCAAAUCUCCAUUUGAUCAUGGAAACUCGCUUGGUGACCUUAGGCAAGUCACACUCUCUCAACCUUGGAGAGAGGUAAAGGCACCCCUGCCCCCUGAACAAAUCUUGCCAAGAAAACUCUGUGAUAGUGUUGCCAUGAGUUGGAAAUGAUUUGAAGGCACACAGUAACAAUUAUAUUGAAAUGUAACGCUCCACUGAUAAUAUAAAUGUAAGCCCUCUUUUUAUAAAAAUAAUCAGAUUCCUUUAGUAGAUUGUUCCGCUGCUGCUUCCUAUUACUGUUCCUGUUAACUUACGUUUUUCUCUGUUCACUUCAAGACAUCCUGCCCUAAACUCUCCUUGUUCUCCCCUGCCCUACAUCCCACAUACACCCCAUGAACACACACAUCAUUCUGUUUCUCAUAAUAGUUAGUCAUGGCUGAAUCUCUAUCAAAAGGUAAAGGAGGUCAAAGAAGACAUCUGCCUCUUUAAAACAUGUGUGAACACAGAAAGAUGUAUUGGUGCAGCAAGGCUGCAUUUUUGUCACUGUCUGAAUUUACAGAGAAUAAAAAAAGGAAUGACUAGGCAUGAUAAAACAUAAUUUUAUGUUGUUUGCAGUGACAUCUAGUGGACAAGAACAGGACACUGAUUCCCAAUAAUUUAUCUGUUUGCUUGCUGUCUACAAAUGAAAGUCCUAACUUUAGUACUUAGAAAAUAAAAUCAUAUUUUAUAACAAGUCUUUGCACUGAAAAUAAAACAAUUGACUUUCCCAGUCCAUUAAGAUAUCUCUCUGCUUUUGGCUCUUUCUACUUUGGAUUUUGCCUCCACUUAUCAAAACAUUGGUUUAAUCAGCCUUUUCCCUGUGAGAUGCCCUUAUGCUAAAUGGACAGGGCAUAGUUUUUCCAUAUAGAACUUCACAGUGAACAAGAGCGCACUUUGGUUGUAUUGCUAAGUGUGUAGGAAGCUACCUUUUACUAAGUCAGACUAUAGGUCCCUGUUGAAACCAACUGGCAGCUACUUUCCAAGGUUUUAGGCAGGAUUCUUUCUUAGCCCAAUCUAGUGCUGCCAGAAAUUCAAAGUGGGACUUCUGCACUGAACGUUGCUUUCCCCAAUUAUUUUUGAAUGGUACUUUGAAAUAAAACACUAGCACUAGGUUUGCCUGCCCUUUUGUCAUUCCCAGGGUUUGUAUGGAAAGGGUUUCACCCUUUCUUGGGUUCUUAUUAUUUAUUACAGGGGUAGAUGCAAUCACAAGUGUAUAUUCUAGUCAUAGUGAAACUGCACAAUUGCACCAAUUGGAGUUUCACACAGAAUGACAGUGAUCAAAAAAGUGAUCCUGAUAGAAAGAUCACUUGAGUGGGCUAUCACACGUUUGUGCCAGCUAGAAAACAAAGGUAUUUCUGGGAAAGACAAGAAAGUACACAUGUCUCAGUCAGUUGGGACACAUUAACAACUACAUGCAGGAGGAUCAGCGUCACUCAGAAGGAAUGUUUGAAUCAUCCAUCUUAGCUGAAAUAGUUGCCCCACUUUUCAGAACAAUAAACUUGAAUUUCAUUUUGUUUGCUACUCAAUUUGUAAACCUCAUUCUGAAAUACAGAUGCAGGGAUGGAACAAAACUGCACUUGUUUAUGUCAUAUAGCUUUUAAUAGCCUAGGUUUCCUGAUAAUCUUAGUUUAGAGUGCAAAGGGAACUUCAGUAGUAAUAAAAAUCAACCUGCAGUAAACUAGCAGUAUGCAAGCCCAGACUUUAUUGUGUUCUGAAAUGGGCAAAAAUAGAAGAAUGUAUGAAAUGUAUUGCUAUUACUAAUGCAUUUGCUAUGGGAAGGGGCUUACUUUCCUAUCAGUUCAGCAAAACAAAGGAAGAUGACCUGGUGUGUGACUUACCCACACCAGACUGGAAACUGUAAGUUUUUGAACACAAAAUCAUCUGGAACACCUGAUUGUUCAAUGCCUCUGUUUCCUACCUCACAGGAAUUGUGUGAGACUUUCAUUGAUAUUUAUGAAUAGCAAGCUUCUUGCAUGGAUGGUGCUGUGUAAAUGCUUACAUGUCUGUUCACUUGUACCAAGGAUCACGGCUUGUUUGCGCUAUUUGCCCAAAAUUUCCCAUAUAGGUAUCAGGCAUUCUGUAGUACAGUACUGGACCAUGUUGGAUGAAGCUUUGUGAUCUGUUUUUGUGAAGUAACUCUGAUUAUCGUCUCCCUUUCCUCAUAUUCUUUCAGUGUUUGUUCAAUUAUGCUUGCUCAGCUAUUCUUGUAGCUCUUUAACUCUUAUUCUUUUUGGUGCAUUCAGACAACAGAAUACAGUGGAUUAUCACUUUAAGGGGAUGAUUUGCUGACUUACUAAAUUGGUGUAAUGCCAGCGAUUCCAAGGUGUCUACACUGUUGUAAGAGUCGAUGACUUAUCUCCUUAAAAUUGCCAACCUUGUAAAUAAUUUAAUCUUAGCAAUAGCUAACUAUAAGAAAUUGCUAAAAUCACAUGUUCUUAAUGCCUUGGGGACCAGUGCUCAGAUUAUUUGCCGGAGGGUGGUAGGUUUAAUGAAAUCCAAAGUUCCAACUUCUGUCUCCUCCCAGUUUUAAAUCAAAUCAUGAGAUCAUUUGUAGCCUUCCAAAAAUGGUAGCUAUGUGGGAGAGAGGUUUUCACUUUCUGCCUGUAAUUUCAGCACUGCUAACAAGGAUAUAAGAAACUCAGAAAUACCCAGCUAUCACAUUUGUUAACAUGAGGUUGAGCUGCAGUAACCAAAAGCGCAUGUAAAAUAGCUGUCACUUGCACAGCUCCGUAGCUUGGUAAAAAGAGUUGCUAUUUUUCCAGUACAGAAGCAAAUCGCAUUUGCAAUGACCUUGACUGUCUCCCUUCCAAGGUCAAAGAAGAUGUUUUCAUUUAUGGGAACAUAAGUAGAAAAGGCUUGUUCUGUGCUAGUUAGGCUGUGCUGCUUCAGAUAUGGUGGUUGGUGAAAGAAUAAUAAUGGUUAUUUCAGGAUGAAAAACCCUCACACUUGAGCCUAUCUGUAUAUGAAGGUUUGCCAUCUUUUUUUUUUUCUGACAGAGCUCCUGCACAUUAAAUAGUGGUACACUAGAUCAAAUUCAAUUUGUAUAGCUCAUCUUGGCAUAAACUGCAGUAAGAGGAGACAGCUAUACUUGUUGAGUUCUUUCCUGUCAUGCAGCAACUAAAACCACAUGAGCCGUGCCAGGAAGAGUGGAGAUGGGGAAAGAGGUGGCAGUCUCUGGAUAUUUGAGGAAAAGAACAUUGUUAGAUUUGAGGGGAAAUGCCACCACUAGAAUUAAACAUUAGUCAUCCUUUCCUAUCUCUUCUACAUCUGUACAUUGCUCAUUGUGGUGAUAAAAUCACCACACUAAGCCUUAUUUGUCAGGAAAAAAAACUUUUCAGAAGUGCACAAAGCUGGUGGUAUCUCAGUUAUUUGGUCAACUUUGUAUUGAAAGUAAUGGCUAUCAGAUAGAUGCCCUUUUUGUGCCAUUUAAGGGCUGUGUGUGCAAUCCUUAAGUUUGUAGCUAUCAGUAGAACAAAUUUCCAUGGGCAUUCUGUUACAAAUACAAACUGCUGAUUGAAGCACCCAUUUUAGGGGUGUGCUGAAUCACAAUUUCAGCCCAUAUAACUACAGUCUUGAGUACAGACUGUUAGCCCAGAUAGAAGUAUAAGUGGAUAGCUGUGUACUUAAAGGUUAUAUGUCUGCUCAGGAUCCCCAAAUACAGACCAAGUCUAACUAUGCACAAAAUGCAGUGAGAAUAAUUUUUAACAGAAAGGUGUUUGUUUUUUUUAAAACUGUAUUGGCAAGCAAGAGUGAUUAAAAUGUCAAGGGUCAUGUAUGUAGAAUACAGUGGCAGGGCCUAUUUGAAUUCUUCAUUGCCAUAAUAGGAAUUAUACCAAUGUGAACAACCAAGAGCUGAAAAAUGCAAACAAGCUACCAGAGGCCUGGCAAAGUGAAAAGGACUAUUUGCCUUGUUUCUAAUCUAGGCACGUGCGAGCAGGAUGCCACCCUCUUGACAAUCGAAAUUUCCAAACUUGUGUGAUAAGCUGUAGCUUGGCAGCCACAAAAAAUUCUUAGUCUACGUAUUUUGAUGUAAGUGUACUACUGUAUUGUAGCUGUGUGGUAUAUACUGAUACAUUAAUAGUGUAUACCUUUAAGUUAGGGUUUGCUAAUGUAAGACAUUUCAAUAAAAAGCUAUUUAAAAAUA